AUGAAAAGGUUUGAGAAAAAGAGCAAUGUUGCCCUUAAACCAGCGUCGUAUAAAGUGAGAAUCAAUCCUUUCCUAAGCACAAAAGUUGCUUGUCAAGUGCAAAGGAUCGACCCGACAAUGAUAAUGUCGGUACAUGCUCCAGUCCCGAGUAAACCAGCCGAAUACGUGAUUGAUCAGCCUCUUGUGCUAAGCCGACGCGCACGUCGUAACCGCAAAUCCCCUACUCAGAGAGCUGCCUUUCAAGAAACUAAUAUUUCUCCUGCAAAUUUAAUUUACCCGCUCUUCAUUCAUGAAGGUGAGGUAGACAUUCCGAUAAGAACGAUGCCUGGACGUUACAUGCUUGGCUGGAGACACGGCCUCGUGGAAGAGGUCGCUAGGGCACGAGAUGUUGGUGUGAAUAGCAUAAUGUUGUAUCCUAAAGUUCCUGAUGCGUUAAAGUCUCCAACAGGGGAAGAGGCGUUCAACGACAACGGUUUAGUGCCUCGAACAGUCCGUCUUCUUAAGGACAGAUACCCUGAUCUCGUUAUCUACACUGAUGUCAAUUUUGAUGAGUACUCAUCAAGUGGGCAUGGUGGGAUCGUAAGAGAAGAUGGCGUCAUAUUGAAUGAUGAAACAAUUCACCAACUGCGCAAACAAGCAGUUUCUCUGGCACGAGCUGGAGCAGAUGUUGUUUGUACCAGUGAGAUGUUGGAUGGUCGUGUAGGGGCUGUUCGUGCAGCUCUAGAUGUUGAGAACUUUCAACAUGUUUCCAUCAUGUCUUAUUCUGUCAAGUAUACAAGUUCAUUGUACGGCCGUUUCCGCAAAGUGGCAUUGGACAAGAAAACUUAUCAGAUAAAUCCAGCGAAUACAAGAGAGGCAUUGAUAGAAGCGCGAGAAGACGAAGUUGAAGGAGCCGAUAUCCUAAUGGUGAAGCCGGCGCUCCCUUCUCUCGAUAUAAUACGAUUAUUGAAAGACCAGACUCUAUUGCCUAUUGGAGCUUGCCAGGUUUCCGGUGAGUACUCCAUGAUCAAAGCGGGUGGAUUUCUCGAUAUGAUCGAUGAGGAAAAGGUUAUGAUGGAGUCAUUGAUCUGCUUACGCCGAGCUGGUGCAGAUCUCAUUCUCACAUACUUUGCUCUUCAAGCUGCUACAAUCUUAUGCGGCAAAAAUGAACAGAUUAUGUUCAACUAG